AUGCAGACAGGUCAAAGCUGGGUCUUGUACGAGAAGCCCAACUUCAAAGGGGAGAAGAUAGCUCUGGACGAGGGGGACAUAGAGCUCACCUAUCCCUUCGACCCCCCUGAGGAGGAGGAGGAACAACAAUCACAGCGGAAUGGAGAGAACGGACAGAAUGGACAGAAGGUGGGAGGAGAAGAAGUGGUGGCGGCCAAGCCGGACAGGAGGUUCAUCAUAGGAUCAGUACGAAGAGCAGUCAGGGACUACAGUGUGCCAGAGAUCAGUCUGUUCCCAGAGGAGAAUGCAGAGGGGAAGAAGGUGAUCUUCAGAGACACGUCAGAUGACGCCAGGAUAUUCGGCUUCCCCAUCAAAGCCAACUCCAUCAUCAUCAACGCUGGACUAUGGCUGGUGUAUGCUCAGCCUUUCUUCCAGGGCGUACCACGUGUUCUGGAGGUCGGGGGGUUCCCCAACCCUGCAGCCUGGGGCGUGGAACAACCCUACGUGGGCUCAGUGCACCCUCUCAAAAUCGGUGAACCAAGAGUGGAGAAACCUGGUGAGCCCAAGCUGGUGCUCUAUGACAAGCCCUACUUCACUGGGAAGAGCAGGGUAAUCUACACCAACAUGAGAGACUUCAUGACCAGAAUGGACAGACGGCAGACUGCCUUCAUGUGCAGCGCUGGAUCCAUCAAAGUACAGGGAGGCUGCUGGGUGGGCUAUGAGAAGGAGGGUUUCCGAGGCCACCAGUAUCUGUUGGAGGAGGGAGAGUACCACGACUGGAGGGUGUGGGGGGGCUGCGAUGCUGAGCUGCGCUCUGUCAGAGUCAUACGAGCGGACCUGACAGAGCCCAUGUUGGUAAUGUAUGCGCAGCCUGACGAGGAGGAGGUGGAGCAGGAGAACACCUUUGAGGUGACCGAGGCCAUUCCUGACGUGGAGCUGUUUGGCUACCGUACCACCACGUGCUCCAUCCACGUCCUCAGUGGAGCAUGGAUAGCCUACUCUCACGUGGACUUCUCUGGUGACCAGUAUAUCCUGGAGAAAGGUUUCUACAGUAACUCUGCUGACUGGGGCUCUUCAGACAACCACAUCUGCUCUGUCCAGCCCAUCUUACAGGCUCCAAGUGAAAACCAGGGCAGCGUCAGAAGUGUGGUGAUGCUGUACACAGAGCCAUAUUUCCAGGGUGAAUGCCAUGUGUGUGACAAGAACCAGGAGUCCCUCUCUGAUAAACUCAUCGCCAAGUCCUGCAGAGUGGUGGGAGGAAGUUGGGUGGUGUACGAGGGCCGUGAG